AUGAACUUCGAUGAGCUCCAACAGGGCUCCAAGGGGUCGCGGUAUGUCGUCAAGCGCCCCAAAGCGCUGCAGUGGUUCUACGACGGCCGCCUCUACAAGGCGAGCGAUGAGGAGCGGCAGGCCGGCCGUUUCGAGCUGUUCCUCGACUUGCUCUACGUCGCCAUUGUUGCCAACUUCAGCGAUGACCUCGCCGAGCAUCCCGACGGAGCUCAUCUAGCCAAGUUCCUCCUCAUUUUCACGCCUGCGUGGCAUAUAUGGUCAGACACGCGGGAGUUGAUGAACUCUUACUACACGGAUGACCUUCCACAGCGUCUCAUCAUCCUCUGGAUCAUGGCGCUCCUUGUGCUCUACGCAAAUAACGCUCGCCUCGUUGACGAGGACCUCAGUGCCCUUCGCACUACGGUCGGUGCCUACGUCGUUGCCCGCUUCACGACCUUGUCGGUUUUUGUCAUCAGCUCCUUCGCGAGCCACCACCACCGCAUCCAGUCGCGCAUCAUGGCGGGCUUCAUGACUGUCGGCCUCGUCUUAACGGCGCCGCUCUUCCUCGAGAACGUUAGCAUUCAAGCCAAGGCAGCCGUCACCGUCGUCAUUAUCUUCUAUAGUGAGGGCACGUGGGCCCUCGCUUUGAGUCCCUGGAUCAAGCAACGCCUGAGGCUCAAGUACAGCACCGCGGUAGAUAUUGCCCAUGAGAUUGACCGCAUGGCGGCCUUCUUCAUCAUCAUCUUGGGCGAGUUUGUCUACAGCGUCAUUGUCGGGGACCCGGCCGGAGUCGGUCUCACGAGCGGAUACGUCAAGGCCGUCUUCACCCUCAUCAUCGCCUUCUGCCUCAAUUGGCUCUAUGUCAGCGGAGACGGCAGCCUAGAAGCGACACAUCCAAUACGACGCUCGGUCUGGACGGCAUUUGCCUUCUUCUCUCUUCACAUUCCGUUGUCCGCGUCGCUGCUCAUCGGCGGGCACGUUGGCGCCAUCAGCACCAAGCUGCACGAGUUCAACGACGGCGAGCGCUGGCUGCUGGGCGGCGGUCUUGGUGUCGGUCUCUUUUGCCUAUGGAUUUUCGGAAUGCUCUUUCGAUCAGAGGACGAGAAUGUGCUGGUCAUGCCCAAGUACGUAAGAAUCGGCAUGCGGCUGGUUGUAGCCAUUAUCCUCGUCAUCUUGUCGGCAACAGUGCGUCACCUGAACGCGACGGAAUUCAUGGCCGUGGUCAUGGCGCUGUUUGCCUUUUUGACUCUAUGGGAGACCGUUGGCGGAUUGAUGAAGGGGGCGCAGCUUUUUGAGCCGUGGACCAGCACCUCCGGGGAGAGGAUUGACGAGGAGCCAAGUGAUUGA